UUAGUCUCGACUUUUCUGUUUGAUUUUCAUCAUGUCUGCUGCGGAGCACUAUGUGGCAGCAGCUCAGCGGUGUCUGCGCGUGGGCAGAAAAUCCCUCUCCUCCUCUCAGAGUCUGGACCUUGCCGCUCAGGUGACCGCCGUAGAUUUGGGGCUGAAACCAGCUCUGUUAUAUGACAGUAACGGCGCCGGUGUGGAGCAGCUGCAGCAGUAUUUGAGUUCCCUGCAGUCUCUCCAGCUUCUCUCUGAAUCUCUCCUCACAAUGGAUUUGAAUGGAAACUGUCUUAUUAUUAACACAAGUGCAGCACGUUCACACCUGGAGCGUGUGCUCUCUGACGGCAGCGUGGCUGUGGUUGACGUCAGCUCCUCACUGGAGAGGCCGCUCAUUGCAGACCGUCAGACGCAGCUAAAAACCACGUUUCAACAUCUGCAGCUUCUUGCUGGUGAUCUUCAGCUCCAGCAGCCUCAGAAACCUUUCUGUGUUGGGAGCAGGUGUGAAGAGUGGAACCUGUGCACGGUGUUCGGCCUCCUGUUAGGUUACCCUUUCGUCUACUGGUUUGAUCAGGCCGAGAGCUUUGAAAACUGUCUGUCCAUGACCCCUCUGACGCUGACGACGGCUUCGGCGGCGUGGCGGGCUGACGGUCACAGGAGCGGUCUGUACUCUUUCAGCGUCCCAGCCGCUCUGCAGGAGGAAACCAGCUGCACCAUGGAAAACUGGAAGCUUCAUCUACAAGAGAGAUUCAAGGAGCAAAACAUAUUGAAGGAUUUAAGUAUUAGUCAGUCCACCGUUACUUUACCCUCAGUCUGUUUGUAAUUCUCACACAUGUUGGAUUUUUUUUAAUUAUUAUGAAUAAAAUGAUCUUCGUUUUCA